AUGCUCGUCCAGCUCCAGCGGCCAAUUACCACACUCGCUUGGGUCAUGCUCCUAUAUCCGCUUGUUUUCGCAAUCAGCGUUCAAGGAUUGCUGAUUCUAUUCACUUACAAUGUUCAGGAAAUUCUAUUCUUCGGAAUCACGAUUCGAUUCAUUCCUGAAAAAAAUGCCAGUUAUUCUCCUCGGCACCCUUCCGUGGCGAUCAAAACCAAUUUGCUCGUGUAUUUCCCUUUUCUGGAUGAAAUAGCACUUGUGUGCUAUCGCUCCAAGUUUGGUUUUGAUGAUGAAGUCCUCGGCCAUGUCCAGAAAACUAACGAGAUUAACUGCACAUCAAUAAUCUCAAUACCUCAAAGAAUUGGAUGA